AAGCAAAACAGCGGAGCAAAGCAGAGCAGAGAAGCCAAGUGUGGUGCGCGGAAGAUCCCAACGGGAUACAGUGUAUGCAAGAAUUCUAUAGUCUCUGCCUCCACAUACUUUUGCACGUACCGAUGCAAAAAUAUCCGCAUCGUAAUUACUUUUGACCGAUUUCAUAAGGAUUACGAAUUGAGCUGGACAUUUCCAGUCUGCGGAGUCCGUGCAGCGAAAUCGCAGUGAUGCGUGUGCCCUACCGAAGCUCGUUUGCCCAUUGAAGCUUGGAAAGCAAACAGCUGCGCGAGCCUGAAGUUCCCUCACCACGAGCGCCACAAGUAGUUUAAGCUAGUGCGGCUCUCACGUUAGAGCCCGGCAGGUCUACAUUCAAUUAUGGCGAUGUCAAUCUGUGUUGGAGCCACUCCGUCAAUUUCUUCGCUAGCCUCCGAGAUGUGGGGAGGAAUCAACAGAGCGAGAUAUGUCAGUGGUGUCAACGCUUCCCCUCGCUGUGCGUCCACCACGAAACAAGGCGUUCCUCUGCAAGUUGCGUCCGCCCUUAAAGAUCUGCAAGUCGUGCAAGACAGGAAAGUCAAAUCAGAGCUUGUUCGGAUUGGUGUGCUUGGAGCCAGUGGCUACACAGGUUCAGAAAUUGUGCGACUUCUGGCGACACAUCCAGCAUUCGCUGUUACAGUAAUGACAGCUGACCGGAAAGCUGGUCAAUCCCUAGCAUCCGUAUUCCCUCAUUUGAUUACUCAGGAUCUGCCCAAUAUGGUGGCGGUGAAGGAUGCUGACUUUUCAGAGGUUGAUGCAAUCUUCUGUUGCCUGCCUCAUGGCACCACCCAGGAAAUUAUUGCAUCACUUCCGAGGAGUUUGAAAGUUGUGGAUCUUUCCGCGGACUUCCGGUUGAAAGACAUUGCACAAUAUGAGAAAUGGUACAACGGAGCCCAUCGUGCUCCUGAAUUGCAGGAGGAAGCAGUUUAUGGGUUGACAGAACUCCACAGGGACGAGGUGCGAAGUGCGCGGCUUGUAGCAAACCCAGGAUGCUACCCAACAACAAUUCAGCUUCCCCUCGUACCGUUGCUUCAGGCUGGUUUGAUCUCGAAAGAUGGUAUCAUCAUAGAUGCGAAAUCAGGAGUAAGUGGUGCAGGACGGUCGGCCAAGGAGGCCAAUCUUUACACGGAAAUUGCGGAAGGCAUGAAAUCGUACGGAAUCACAAAUCACCGUCAUGUUCCAGAGAUCGAACAAGGUCUGACGCAAGCCGUUGGCUCGCAAGUUACCAUCAGCUUUACACCCCAUCUAAUCCCUAUGAGUCGAGGUAUGCAGUCAACUAUUUACAUGCAGAUGGUGAAUGGUGUUACUGUUGAUGAUCUCCGUGCCCACUUGAAGAGUAAAUUCGAAGACGAGGAGUUCGUUGUCGUGUUACCCAAGGGGGUCGUUCCGUGCACGGCCCACGUUCGAGGCUCCAACUAUUGUCUUCUAAAUGUCUUCGAAGACAGAAUCCCUGGAAGAGCAAUCGUUGUUUCUGUCAUUGACAAUCUGGUGAAGGGCGCAUCAGGUCAAGCGUUGCAAAACAUGAAUCUGAUGAUGGGCUGGCCUGAGACCAGCGGUCUUCUUCAGCAACCCAUGUUCCCCUAAUUAGUGCUUCAAACAUCGAGCCUUUUGUUUGUACAGGAGAGCAGCAAUUAUACUGUUCUCUGCAUUAUUUAAACCUGCGGUGGUGUUAUGUUCCCUCGGAGGGAGAUGUCUUGGAUCAGCUUUGAGCAGUCGAGUGUAGCCAGUUUAGUUUCGGAUUAUCAAUGAAGAGACGGAGAUUCUGUUGAUUCUCUCUAGUUCUAUGUAUUUUGUCAUGAGAUUAAAGCGCGGUAAAAUUUUGUGUCCAUCUAGAAUAUAAGAUGGAAAGCCGUUAACGCAUCAGAUGCGUCCCCUUCUUCUUG